CCCCCCCUGGACGUCCUUCUUCGCCGACGACGGGCAGCACUACGCGCCCGUGGCCGAGGCGCCCCCCGGCCCCUUCGGCUACGCGCGGGGCCAGGCGCCGGCGGGCCAGGAGGGAGCCGACUUCCCCCCCGACGUGUGGUACCCGGGCGGGAUGGUGGGCCGGGUGCCCUACGCCGCGCCGCCCACCUGCAUCAAGACCGAGCUGAUGCCGUGGAUGGAGGGCUACGCGGGCGCCUACGGGGACGUGAGGUUGGAGGCUGGAAGGGACCACGUUUUGCCCAUUGACUAUUACUUUCCACCACAGAAGACUUGCCUGAUUUGCGGAGAUGAAGCUUCUGGGUGCCACUACGGAGCUCUCACCUGUGGUAGCUGCAAAGUCUUCUUCAAAAGAGCAGCUGAAGGUAAACAGAAAUACCUUUGUGCCAGCCGGAAUGACUGCACCAUUGAUAAAUUCCGAAGGAAAAACUGCCCUUCCUGCCGCCUCCGAAAAUGCUAUGAAGCAGGGAUGACUUUGGGAGGUAGUCUAUACACAGCUAUCUUCAAUUCUAUUAAGAUGCACUGGUUUGCACGCAAGCUGAAAAAGCUGGGCAACCUGAAAGUACAAGAGGAUGGGGAGGCAGCCAGCUCAUCGAGCCCUAUGGAGGAGCAAGCUCCCAAGAUGAUGAUGACACGCAUGGAUGGGUACGAUUGCCAGCCCAUCUUCCUCAAUGUUCUGGAAGCCAUUGAGCCUGGUGUGGUGUGUUCAGGCCAUGACAACACCCAGCCAGACUCCUUCUCCAACCUCCUGACCAGCCUGAAUGAGCUUGGGGAGAGGCAGCUUGUGCAUGUGGUGAAAUGGGCAAAGGCCUUGCCAGGGUUCUGUAACCUGCACAUGGAUGACCAAAUGUCAGUAAUCCAGUAUUCCUGGAUGGGUCUAAUGGUUUUCGCCAUGGGAUGGAGAUCUUUCACCAAUGUGAACUCCAGAAUGCUUUACUUCGCUCCAGAUUUGGUCUUCAAUGAGUACCGAAUGCACAAAUCCAGAAUGUACAGCCAGUGUGUCAGGAUGCGGCAUCUCUCUCAGGAGUUUGGGUGGCUUCAGAUCACACCCCAGGAGUUUCUCUGUAUGAAAGCCCUACUUCUCUUCAGUAUUAUUCCAGUGGAUGGACUGAAGAAUCAGAAGCUCUUUGAUGAACUUCGAAUGAACUACAUAAAGGAACUAGAUCGUAUCAUUGCUUACAAGAGAAAGAAUCCCACGUCCUGCUCUCGGCGCUUCUACCAGCUCACCAAGGUCCUGGACUCCGUGCAUCCUAUUGCCAAGGAGCUGCAUCAGUUUACAUUUGACCUCUUAAUUAAAGCGCACAUGGUCAGCGUGGACUACCCUGAAAUGAUGGCUGAAAUCAUCUCUGUCCAGGUUCCCAAGAUCCUGUCUGGAAAAGUCAAACCCAUCUACUUCCAUGCACAGUGAUAUUCUGGAGAGAGUCACAUUGCGCUGCCAUCCCCCUUAUCAGCCAUCUCCUGCCUGUUAUCUCUGCACUACUGUACUGCAGUGCCUUGGGGAAUCCCCUCUAAAGAUACUCUUGGUGAGAAGAUGUACAGUAUCAAACUACUACCUGCUGGGAUUCCUUUCAUUUCUAUUUUUUCCUGUGGUACCUCUGAACUGAACUACCUGCCAUGGCUUCCGCCUGUGUUUGGAUGGCUCUGUGUCUCUUUAAAUGUUGUGACAUAUCAUGACUAUGUGACAGUGUCCAGUGGCACUUGUUUACAGUCUUUUGCUUGUGUAUUUUCCAUGGUGACAUACCUGUGACCCAGUGCCAUGUCAGUUUGGGAGAAAUGCCACCCUUCAUUCUCACUUUAAAACAAAACAAAGCAAGAAGCAAAUGAAGCCUGUGCAUUUAUGGGAGAGGGUUAUUUUCCUUAUUCCCCAGGGUGUUUUCCUGUUUUUUAUUUGCAUUGUCUCUAAGAGACAGGUGAAUUCAAAUACAGUAGUAGUGAAACAGAGAGGUGUCAGGGGGGAAAGAGCACAACUUGCUGAGGUUAUCAAAUCUUUCUAAAUCAGACAGCUGCUAGCUUGUGAAUAUUCAGUCCUGGUGCUGAAAAUAUGUAUCUUGUCCUCUGCUCUGGCCAUGUGUUCAGGCCCCAAACCCAUGGUCUUUUCACAGCUGAGAGAAGCAUUAAGUACUCACUUCUGUAAGGAAUGCCCGAUCUGGAGUGGAGGGCUGGAAAGGGUUGUGAUCUUUGGAAACCUUCAAAGAUUGCAAAGGGCUGUUUUCAUCCAGGACAUUUUUUUCUGAGGACUGGAUUGAAGCCUGUCCAGUGAAUGUCCAGAUGUCUACCAAUGUCACAUUCCAGUUUUGAAUUUUUUUUUCCCCUUUCCUCAGCUGUAUCCAACUUUCAUGAGUGCCUGAAGUCUCUUCACACCCCUGCCUCUGGCGUGCUCUCCUUGAAUGUCUGGUGUCUCUACUUGUCUCUGGUUUCUCACUAGGGUUAUCUGAAAGUCUAGAUUUUUCUGGUUAUGCUUUGCAUUUGCCUUUUUUCUGAACUCUAUUGCAGAUUGUUUCGGACACCUACAGGCCAACAUCACAGAAGCACAGAGCUCUGGUGCUUUGGACUAUGUGAGGACGAGUGAUCCUUUGUUGUCAAUCCUGCUCCUUUUGGAAACAAUUGUAACUGGCAUGAAAUUGCCAUGAGAUUUCCAUAGUGUUUCAGGGAAAUUGUAAGCAAAUCACUUAAGAAACUCCUACUCCUCUUUUGAGGUGCACACAACUCCCCUGAUGAGGAUAGAUCUUCACAUAAGGGAGAUCAAGGGAGUACACCCUGACCAAUGACACAGUAAAGACAGCACUAUCAAAACAAAACCCACAGACCAUGCCUGAAUUGAUGACAGUGUUUCAUCCUGCAGCAGAACCAGUGGAGGCAGAGAAACCUGCCUGGUGGACAUGAAUAAUUAUUCAAAACAAAACAAAUCAGACACUCAGUUUCUUCGAUACUGGCAACUUUCUGCAGUCGGGACUGUUUCAGAAAGGGACAUCUGUUUUUUUCAAAGCAGGGUAACACUGACUUGAAUCCUCCCGCUGGAAAGCUCUACUUGGUAUUCCUGAGAAAUUAUUAUUCUGCCCAUGAAUGUCAUUCAGAUUUAUUGUUUAAGGCUGUACUGAACAUGUAGGAAUAUAAUUCUUCACCUUGAUGUCUCACAGUUCCCUUCAGAGUCCUACUUUCCCUUGUCUCAUGAGUCAAACAGAACAGCAAAAGUCCUGCUGUCAGGCCUGGUUAGUGAUUUAAGCCUGUCCUAUGGACUUCUGCUGGCAUAACUAUGUGGGUGAUUGGUGUGAAGAGAUGCUACCCUGAUUGACAUGGCGGUGCCUGAAAAAAUUCCCAGUGUAGAUGCACUUAUACUUGCAAACCUGCACCUUUAUUCAUUGUGUUUUGCUCAGGGAGGUUAUUUUACUACAACUGUUCAAAGCACAGGUUUGUUUGUAUGGUCCUGUCCACAUUAGAAGCGCUUUGCCAGUCUGGUAUACGGGUAUUCCUGUACCAAAAAAGUAAACCAAACAAAGACAGAGUCUUGGCUUUUGGAGGAGAUGGAUUUCCUGUGUGAUAACAGCUGCUAACAUUUGCCAAAUAACCAUUUAAACAUGAGGGGAAGAAGGAGGUUUAGGCUUGUGGAACCCCAUCAGUUCAACUCUCCCCCAGAUCCAUGGGUCUAUUCCAACUGAAUCCUGCCAUGCAAAAGAAAUCAACGCUAUUCUUCUGCUCUUUGGGCCUUUCAUGGAUUGUGGCCAAUGACUGUUCUUCUAGUCAGGCAGCCUCACGUGCUUCCUUGUGAUGUGUUUUGGAUCUGAACAGAGUAAAUGUCAGCACAGCAGGUGGCCGCAGAGUUUCCCUGAUUCUCUCCAGUUGUCCCAUGCAGAGUUCUCUGAACAAAAAGUAUGUUUACAGUGUUUUUGGAUGAGUUUAACUCUCUUGUGACAGAUUAAUUUGAUUGCAUCCUUCCCCCUUUGCCCCUUCCGGAGAGUAAUGAAACAGCAAUGAGUUCUUUUUUAAUGCUAUUGAAUAUACUCUGCUAUCGCGAAUAUUUGUUUUCAUUGUUUUGGAGGGUUACAAAAAACUGAAAUUUCAUUGGAAUCUACUGAUUUUGAGAAUGCACCAGUAAAAAAGCUCCGCAUGUACUAGCUCCUGCCUUUCAGCACUGUGGAUUUUCUGUUGAGUAACAAAAAAAAAUACAUUGAAGGUCUGAGUUGGCACAGCAUUCUCAUUCUGCUGUAAAACAGAAGGAUGUUGAGAGUGGUGAUAAACUCUUCCUUUAAAGAAAGCUUCUAUUUUGCACUGCUCAAGUCAGUCCGAAGGUUUCACUUUUGUGUGCCACUCUGGAGUGUCAGUGGAGUGCUGGCAAGAGAUCUAAAGUCGAACUGAACAUUUACAGACAAACAGCCUUGUUUGGUGUUGGAACCACAUAGAUAAUGGGGUAGGGAUGGAGGAGGAUACUGUCCAUGUGUCAUCUGCAAAAUGUUUGCAAUGUGUGGGUAUAGUGCUUGUCAAACUAUGUAUCCUUUAGGAAAGAAAUGUGCUCAUUUGAAUACCGCCUGUCCAAUAUUGUACAUACAUAGCUAGAUUGCCUUUACUGAGGUGUACUAGUAGCUCCUGUGCCAUUCAAGCUGUAUUAGGGAAGGGUGGGGGGUGUUAAGUUUUAUUCUGUAGCUCUUAAGUGUUCGGUAGGUUUCUGCCAUUUUUUCCCCUAAAUUGGAAAGUUGGAUUUAUUAUGACAUUACUGAAAGCAUGACUGAGGGAUCCAGUCAAAGAAUGGGGAUUGGCAACAUGCUGAUUUGGGUACCUCCAGGGUACACAUCCAAUACUGUCUUCAGCCACUGAUACUAUUUCCCUUUCUGUAUCAUCUCUGCGAGGGAUCUGUCCAAACACUAUCUAAGACUGUCUCCUUCAGUUUGCUUCAGGAACUGAAAAGGGCCUGAGAAGUGCAAAAGUGCUUCUGUUGCUAUGUACCUUUGUAGUUCAGUUCUUAUUUUGUAUGCAAAGUAAGUUUGCAUUCUUAUUUCUAUGUUUGCUUAAAUAAAGCAAAUGGAAUCUCAUAAUCCAUACGCUAAUGUGGAAGUUUUCCUUAAGCAUACUAAGCAGAUCAUUUAGCUUUUUGCUUUAUCUCACUCCAGAAGUAGAGGAAGGCAUUUGCUUACUUGGCAUUGUUUUCCAUAACAUGGAAGCAAACAUCUUGCAAGCCCCUCUCUAGUUACACUGACCUGAAUUCUCCUUUCAGAUACAAUGACGCAGUUUCUUUUGGAGUUACAUGCAUGACCAGGCUGCACUAACUGCAUAUGGUCUUAACUUGGCAAGUACCCCAAAACUAUACCACCCUGCCAAAGACCAGGGGAGUGUCAUUUAGGAUAACUGCUACAGAAUCUCCAGUGUGUAUUUUGAGCCAAAUCCUGAGGAUCUAACUCCCUUUUUGCUGAGUCCUUACACAUAAAGCUCCCAUUAACUACCUCUGAGUUUGCCUCAGUAGGGACUCACCAAAAACCCAAGAAGCUGAUUCACUUCUUAUUUACACAAUUGUAAAUCAAGAAUGUCAAGAACCCAAGAAAUGUUGAAAGCCAAUAGGAUUAUGACGGUGUAAGUAAGUAGUAAAUCAGGCUCCACAGAAGUGCCUUGGAAUUUGGUUCCUCAAGUACAUGCUGAGUAAUUAUCACAUACUGGUAAAUUCCCCAUUACAUACGUGUAUAAGUGCAUGCCCAGGGACUGUCCUGUUGCUCUGGUAAUAGGUUGUAAGGAGGUUGCCAUGUUCUGUAUGUGAAUGAAUAUGGCUUAGCUGAUAUUUAAACCUUGUGAGGUAAUGUGCUACUUGCCUCCUGGCUCUACAGGCGUGAGCCUGAACCACAGCAAGAGAUCCCAACAGUGUCAUCUCGAAAGGACUAAAUGUCCAUGCACUGGGCACCUUAUGACAGUAAGAGGUCUCCCCAUUUUUACAUACAAUACAUCUGUGACUGUCAAUGUUGAUCUCUCCCUUAAAGUGUAAAAGAGAAAAUCAAAGAGAGAAAGAUGUUACCCAAAAUUUCUAGUCUGAAUCCUUACUUAAAGGACAUUUUUCACUCUCAGUGAGAGAGAGAAAGAGAGAGAGAGAUUCUUCAGUAGAUGGACCCUUAAGUCUGUGGAUGUGUUAGUAGACACAUUUAUUUAAUCUCUUUUUCUGAUAGUUACUGACCAGGAUUUAAAAGGUCCAUUUUUACAUAGUGUACACGAGCAGAUGCUGGCAUCCUUUAUUCUGGUGUGACUGUUAGUUUGUCCAGGUCCCUUAAACCCUCCUGCUAGAUGGGGAUAUUUACACUAGAAAAACACUAGAGAAAACCCCAACUUUCGCACUUUUGAUAGCAUAGAGAUUUAAUUCAACGCCUAGUGUUAAAAUGCAUAGUAAGCUGAUAUUUAUUUUGUAGCCAUGUUUCAAAAUGGAUUUACAGAGUAAGAGAAAUGAUGUUUCCUGUAUUAGCUAUUCCUCUAAACCCUCUCUGCACCUUCAGAUGUGUCCAGUUAGUGACUGGUAUUGUGCCUGGAAAGUACAUUGGCAAUUGCACUCAGUACAUGUGAAAACUGGACUGCCUCCACUGGCCGGGUGCCGUCAUCCAGGAUGCAGCAACCUCAGCACUCUGCAGCCCUGAGAAGGUUUUGUGGGCACGAUGUAUUCAAACACUCUUAAGUUGAGAGGGCAAAUGAGUAAUUUGGAAAUAACAAAGUAUGGAAAGCGAUAUUCCAUAACUGACUUGUGCAGACUAGUGCUAAAAACUCUUUGGACACUAAGAGUCCAAAGGACACUACCUUUCCUCAUUUAGUUGUACUUAUUUUGGAGAGAGGAAUAAUUUUUUCCAUUGACUUUACUGGAGAGAGGAAUAAUUUUAGGAACACAGAAUCCAACCCCUCCACGUAACACCCAUCCAUUCAGCCCAGUUUGACCUGUGCUCUAAUCACUGCCUUGGAAGUGAGGAUGGGCCUCCUGGGUCCUUCCCCUUUUGAAAGGGUAAGGAAGCCUACUCUUAGAUGCCAAAGGUGCGUGCCUGUCCCUCACAUAAAACCACAGCAAAUGUAUACUGAGCUGCUCUCCCUGGUAUUUUGCAUUAUACUGUUGGGUCUUAGAGAUGUUGUAUAAAGACUGUGGCAAAUUGACAGCUGUGUUUAUUUCUUAAUAUUUCUUUAAUUAAAGGUUCUCUAUAUAGAUAUAUUUUUCUUUGUAAUAAUCCUAAACGUUUAUUGCUGGUGCCUCUGUGCCGGUGUGGUCUCCCAAUUCACAGCUCAGUGGGAGCAAGAAAGAAUAGUCACUGCAAUCUUUUGUCUCACUGUAUGUGAGUAGGCUUAUGAGGCAAACACAUCUCUCAUUCAGCGGGGCUACCAAAAGGAAGUGAAUGGCAGCCCACAGCUUGGUUGGGCCAACUUUCAAAUACAACAUUGCCAAUUUCUCACUAAAUUUUCACCCAUGUCAUGCAAUUCCAAGGACCUAGCAAGUCCUUGGGCUUCUGAGGCAUGGCAUCAAAGUCCUUUGUUCAGUCUCUGUCUGCCCGUGCUAUUACUUUGCUAAGCUUUUCUUGUUCUCUGCCAGGUUUGCAGUUAAAUGUACUGAUAUUUGCUACACAUACAGAAUUGCAAUUUCUUUCAGACAGGGCAUGCGUACACAAGACACUUCCAGCGCAGUAGCCUAAUUCUACUGUGCAUUAGUGUGGCGGGCAAAACCCGUGGUAAUGCGCUAAUGCUCAGUAGAAUGAUUCUACUGCGCAUUAGCACCACCAAAAAAGUAUGCACCGGCAGUAAUGCACAGUAGUACCAAUUGCCAUGCAUUCAGGUAGUACCUGUAACUACAGGUACUAAACUUAAUGCAUUGUAAUUAUGGCGCUUUAAUGAACAUGUAGAUACACCCACAGUCCUUUUUAAAUAGUGGUAUUCUGGGGCCCUUAUAUUUAUAGGUGUUAAGUGCUAAAUUGCACUCCUUCAGAAGUCAAUGGAUUUUUUUUCCAUUGACUUUACUGGAAUGAGGACCUAGCCCUAAAUACAUUAAGAAAGAAAACAGACACCUAUUAUGUUAAGCAUCGCUGAGAUUUUGCCCAAAGAUGACUUCUUGCAGUUUCAGCCCACAAAGAUGUGGCUGAAUAUGCCUACCCAAAAGAUCGGUGACUGAGAAUUUACCAUGCUAGGUCAAACAUCAUUUAUUUUUGCUUGUACUUAACUAAAAAAGAAGCAUUUUUGAUACCAAGGAUAAACAACCAACCAAUCAUAAUACAGUAUAGUUCAUGCUUGAGUUCAGUGUGGGCACUCAGCCAACGCUGUACAGCAGGACAAACUUCACACUGUGGCGUUCAGCUCUCUUUUUGUAAUCUUGAAAUCUGUUGUUGUUCUAAAUACAAUAAAAGGCAGAACCUUGUUUGUUGGAA